UUGUGGAACGUGUGUACAUGUCUCUGUCUCUGUCUCAAAACUGAUUUUGAGGGGGCUAUUUAAGUGAGAUGCACUGGUGAAAGCAAGAGGACAUAUUAAGCCCGGAGGAUGCGAGCGAAGCUAGCAAUGAAGGGUCAUCAUGAGCCUCGUGCAAGCUCCUCCUGUGCGGCCUGCAAGCUGUUGAAGCGGAAGUGCACGUCGAGCUGCAUCUUCGCGCCCUACUUCAGGUCGGACGAGCCGAAGAAGUUCGCCAAGGUGCACAAGGUGUUUGGGGCGAGCAAUGUGAGUAAGAUCCUGGUCGAGGUCCCCGAGGAGCAGCGGGAGGACACGGUGAACUCGCUCGCUUACGAGGCCGAGGCGAGGCUGCGGGACCCCGUCUACGGGUGCAUCGGGGCCAUAGCGCUGCUCCAGAGGAAGAUGGUCGAGCUGCAACACGAUCUAGCCGUUGCCCGGGCCCGUCUCGCUUGGUACGCCGUGCCCGUGGCGAGCUCGAGCGCUCAGGGUGUCGUGAUGGAUGAGAACGUUGGUAUGGUGUCGUUCGAUGACAUGCCUUGUUGCAGUAUGGUGAACGAGAGCUUCGGCCAAAGUUCAUCAGAAUUGACCCAAGUCCCACCCAUGAAUGAUUUUGGCCAGUUCCCUUAUGUGUUUUGACUCAUGUCGCAAGAGAGGUGGCACUUCAGUAGAUAUAGUAAGUUUCUGUGGGAUUGGAGGCGUUUCAGACAUUUAGUACAGAGUUAAAAAGGCAAAGCAAUUGAUGGAACUGGAAGAGGGGACUUCCUGUAAAAGUUCAUCAAUCAAGUUGAAGUUGCUUAAAGCUUUGUUAAUGACCAGGUAAACGUAACAAAGAGAGGGAGGGAGGGAGGGAGGGAGACCCGAGACCGUUCGAUGCUUCGUGCGAGUAGAACCGCGUCUACUUUAAUCCAUGAUCAAGCAUAAUGGCAUAAUGAAAUUCAUAUAACCGAACGGACUUAGAGGGAUAAUGCUUGUUUGUCGGUGUCUGUCUCAUUUAGCCAUGUCUUGCAACUCAAGAUUGACUCUCUGCACAGCCAAACCAUCUUGGCAAAUUGCAGCUGGUGCAAAACUAGGUGCAGCUUAAUAGGAUAACAGAAGCAGAGAAGUUUUUAUAUUGGAUAGCUGAAGAAGGGUACUCUUGUUUCUGGAUUAUACUCUUCACAUGAAUGAUAUUUUCCUUUCUGCUCAGAAAUUGGGAACACAAAUCUGCCCUUUUACAAGC